AUGCUGGACCUGGUGAUCCUGGACCAGUUCCUGUCCAUCCUGCCCCCACCCAUGGAGAGCUGGGUCAAGGAAUUGGCUGAUGGUCCCCAGAAAAAGCCCAAGGGUGAACCACAACACCUUCUGCUUGACGGGAAACAGCAGAAAAGAAAUUCUGGAACAAAAAGGAAGAGGGAAAAUGAAUGCUCUGCUUCUCAGGCUGCUGAAUCCCAGGUGUUUGAUACACAGCGGAGACUCCACACAAGAGAGAAACCUGAUAAAUGCUUGGAUCAUAGAAGGAGCUUUGCUUGGAAGGGAGAUGGUACUGGCCAUCAAGGUAUCCACACUGGGGGGAAACCGAAUACAUGCUUGCAUUGUGGAAAGAGCUUUGCGCAGAGUUCAUAUCUUACUGUCCACCAACGUAUCCACACUGGGGAGAAACCUUUUAAAUGCUUGCAGUGUGGAAAGAGCUUUGCUUCAAGUUCAGAGCUUACUAUCCAUCAGCGUGUCCACACGGGCGAGAAACCUUAUAAAUGCUUGCAGUGUGGAAAGAGCUUUGCUAAGAGUUCACACCUUAUUAGACAUCAGCAUAUCCACACUGGGGAGAAACCUUAUAAAUGCUUGCAGUGUGGAAAGAGCUUUGCUAAGAGUUCACACCUUAUUAGACAUCAGCAUAUCCACACUGGGGAGAAACCUUAUAAAUGCUUGUGGUGUGAAAAGGGCUUUGUUGAGAGAGCAGAGCUUAGUAGACAUCAGUAUAUCCACACUGGGGAGAAACCUUAUAAAUGCGUGCAGUGUGGAAAGAGCUUUGUUCGGAGUUCACAGCUUACUGUCCAUGAGCGUAUCCACACUGGGGAGAAACCUUAUAAAUGCUCGCACUGUGCAAAGAGCUUUGCUAGGAGUUCACAACUUAUUGUCCAUCAGCGUAUCCACACUGGGGAGGAACCUUAUAAAUGCUCGCACUGUGGAAAGAGCUUUGCUGGGAGUUCACAGCUUACUGUCCAUCAGUAUAUCCACACGGGGGAGAAACCGUAUAAAUGCUUGCAGUGUGGAAAGAGUUUUCGUGGGAGUUCACAUCUUAUUGUCCAUCAACGUAGCCACACUGGUGAGAAACCUUACAAAUGCUUGCAAUGUGGAAAGAACUUUGCUCAGAAUGCACACCUUACUAUCCAUCAGCGUAUCCACACUGGGGAGAAACCUUAUAAGUGUUUGCAGUGUGGAAAGAGCUUUGCUUCAAGGUCAGAGCUUACUUCCCAUCAGCGUAUCCACACUGGUGAGAAACCUUAUAAAUGCUUGCAGUGUGGAAAGAGCUUUGCUGGGAGUUCAAAGCUUACUAGACAUCAACGUAUCCACACUGGGGAGUAA